AUGGAAAAGCAACAGGAGGUCCCCCCCGGGACAGCACCUGAGAUAGAUGACCUGAAGCUUGGGCCUGAGACGUCAGUUGCCAAAGAUGUCGACCUAGGACAGAUGCUGGGGAUGGAUAUCACCCCGCAACAGGAGAGAAAAGUGCUGCUCAAGCUAGACUUGAUAUUGAUCCCCUUAAUGGGUAUUUGCUAUAUGAUGCAGUAUAUGGACAAAUUGGCUUUGAGUCAAGCAACUAUGUUCAACUUAAGAGAAGACUUAAAUCUACAAGGAACACAGUACUCUUGGUCCUCCGCGGUCUUCUAUUUCGGAUAUUUCGCGUGGAGUUGGCCCAGCUCCUACCUUAUUGUCCGACUUCCCAUAGCCAAAUAUCUCAGUGCCUCAGUGUUGGUCUGGGGAGGAGUUCUUAUGUGCCACGCCGCGGCCAAAAGCUUUGGCGGUUUAAUGGCGGCGCGCUUUUUUUUGGGCGUCGGAGAAGCUGCUAUCGCCCCUGGGUUUGCUUUAAUUACUGGAAUGUACUAUAAGCGAGAGGAACAGCCUGCACGACAAGCUGCAUGGUUUUUCGGCAACUGUGUUUCGACCGUCAUCGGCGGUGUCGUUGCUUAUGGAAUUGGCACGAUCAAGGUUAAUGCCAUUUCGAGUUGGCAGCUUCUCUUCCUCUUCUUAGGUGCCAUCACUGCCGCCAUAUCGGUCUUCCUCGUUAUCCUCCUACCCGAUUCCCCCCAGAAAGCGAUAUUCUUAACCAAAACCGAGCGUACGAUCGCUGUGCAGCGGACUCUCAAGAACAAGACUGGUGUAAUGGAUGGUGGAGAGUUCAAAUGGAACCAGGCUUGGCUUGCCAUUCGUGAUCCACAAACAUGGUUUCUUGUCUUGUACACAUUCUCCGUCAAUCUGUGCAACGGAGGUGUCACUAGUUUCUCUUCAAUCAUUAUCAGCGGCUUCGGCUUCUCACAGAUCAAGUCUCUUCUGAUGCAGAUGCCUCUUGGUGCCGCCCAAAUCGUCUUCUUGGUCAUCACUGCUGGCGUCGCCACCGUCAUUCCUAAUACUCGAAUUCUCAUGAUGAUCUUCAAUACAACUGUGUCUUUGGUCGGCAUGGUCCUCGUCUGGAAGUUGAAUGAGGAUAACCAAAAAGGUCGAUUGACUGGGUUGGCCCUGGGGGCCGUCUUUGCGGUUAACAUUCCCCUGGCGCUUAGCAUCAUCAGUUCCAACGUGGCUGGGUUCACUAAGCGAAGCACGACGAGUGCCUUGAUGUUUGUAGCCUACUGUGUAGGAAACAUUGUUGGGCCUCAGUUCUUCCUUGCUUCUGAGGAGCCUCAUUAUCCUACCGGUAUGAAGGGUGCUAUUUCUGGUCUCGCACUGGGGGCCUUUUUCCUGGUCUGCCUGUUCGUUUACUAUAUCGUGGAGAAUAAACGUCGCGACUCGGCGUAUGGUCCUCCAACCCAGUUAACGGAGGAAGAGGAGCGGAUGCAAGGGCUAUCAAACAAGACGGACCUUGAAAUUGAAAGCUUCCGUUAUGUCAUAUAA